AUGAAAUUUGGUGCGAAACUCCGCAGCUAUGCGGUGCCCGAGUGGCAGCAGCACUACGUAGACUAUCAAUGCUUGAAGGCCCUCUUGAAGCAGCAAAAGAAAAAGAUAGAGACAAUCAACAACCCUGGAUAUCUAUCGAAGCUGCUACCCGCUAGCUGGCAACUGACGCCUGAAAGAAGUUCAACAGUCGGUGAUGGCGGGGGACCUCCUCUCUCUGUUGCUGUAAAGGCUCCAGAUACCAAGCCUGUGCUGCUGCUGCACACGCAUGCGAAGCAGCAGCAGCAGCAGCAGCAACAGCAGCAGCAACUGCAACAGCACGGUUUUGCUUCCUUCAAAGAGCCACUCUUGCAGGAUGUGCGCGAGCAGCAGCAGCAGCAGCAGCAGCUGCAGCAGCAGCAGCAGCAGCAAGUGGAGCACCGCAGUGUCUCCUCUGGUGCUGCUACAGAUGAACAAGCUGAGGGAGUUUGCAUAAGAGCAGAGACACUCAGGGCGAAGUGCGUUGCUGCAUUUGGUGCUGCAAUUGAAAACGAGAAGAAAAAGGUUGCUGCUUUCUUCCGAGAAGAGCUAGGGUUUCUAGAAGACAAACUGAAGGCUGUGGCUGUGGAGCUGAGGGCAUUUAAUGCAGCGCGGAGACGGAGACAGUCAGCAAAGACGAGUGAAGGAGACACUCGAGAUGUUCUAAGGGAGACAGGUGGUGCAGCAGCAGCUGCUGCUGCACCACCUGCUGCUGCUGCUGCUGUUACUGCUGCAGAUAGCACUGAAGAGAAGGCACUCAGCAGCCAGAGGGCGGCGCGAACACUCUAUCGCCGCGUAGCUGGAGAGGAUUCAGAGUUGUCUCUAAAUGUCUUGCCUUUGCGUGCUCCUGAGGGCCUAGGGGGAGCAUACUUCCGCCAGGAAGCGAGGGUCUCCUUUCUGGUUGGGCUCGCCUUCGCCUGGUCCUUCAUCUGGCUCGCCACCGCCUCUGCCAUGGCGGUGAUGGAGCACUACGGCGUAAACUAUCGCUACAUUACUGAAGAAGCUUUUCUCUGUUGCGCUGCAGCUGCUGCUGCAGCUGUAGCAGCAACUGCUGAUGCCUUUCUGCUAGACUUGGCGCCGAGGGGACAGGCCUCAAGUGUCUCCUUCUUUCAAACUGCUGCGCUGCAGUUUGUCCUCACCAUCUCUACUUGUGCUCUUUAUCUCGUUGACUCUAAACUACGAUUAAUGGGAGACAGACAGAUGUACCACUAUUAUCCUUUGGGUUUGCUGCUGCUGCAGCUGCUGCUGCUGCUGUUCCCCUCUCGUUCUCUUUCUUAUAAAGCGAGGAGACAAGUCUUAGAGGCUUUCUUUGCAGUGCUGAAGGCCGGUGUCUUCGCUGUACACGACGUGAAGCUCGUGGCUAAUAUAAUUGGGGAUGUCCUCACGUCUCUUGCGAAGCCCCUUGGGGACCUGCAGUAUCUCUUCUGCUACUUGAGGUACGCUGCUGCUGCUGCUGCUGCUGCCGCUGCUACUGCUGCAGUUUGUCUUUCUGUUACGGUUGCUGCUUCUGCCCUUGCGCUGACUGAUGCUGAUCCUGGGACACCUUGCGGGCAGUUUCGGGUGAUUCUCUCGUGCGGCCGCUGCUGCUGGGUCUGCCUUUCUACCUUCGACUCUGUCAAUGCUUCAUCAGGCAUCUCUGCAGUUUUAGCUUGGCUGCCGCUGGGGUGUAUACGCAGGUUCAGACUGUCAGAGCCUGGGGCUGGGCUCAUUCACAUAAUGAACAUGGCAAAGUAUGCAUGCGGCAUUUUAGUGUUAAUUACAACCAACGUCCCGUGGUUGGACUUAGGAGUUAGUGUGUACGCGAUGUGUUUGUUGUGGGUAUUUUCAUAUUGUCUGGGGUCUCUGUUUAUGUUAUAUUGGGAUGUGCGCGUUGACUGGGGUCUCUUACCAACGCCUGAUCGCUUUAUUCG